UCAGCUGACUGCAAGGCAGCCGCCGCUGCCGCCGCCGGCGCUUCUGAGAGUUUGCCGCUGUCGUAGCCGCCGCCGCCGCCAUGGCUCAGUACAAGGGCGCCGCGAGCGAGGCUGGCCGCGCCAUGCACCUGAUGAAGAAGCGGGAGAAGCAGCGCGAGCAAAUGGAGCAGAUGAAGCAGCGGAUCGCGGAGGAGAACAUAAUGAAGUCCAACAUUGACAAGAAGUUCUCUGCGCACUAUGAUGCUGUCGAGGCCGAGCUCAAGUCCAGCACUGUGGGUCUGGUGACCCUGAAUGACAUGAAGGCCAAGCAGGAGGCGCUGGUGAAGGAGCGAGAGAAGCAGCUGGCUAAGAAGGAGCAGUCCAAGGAACUGCAGCUGAAGCUGGAGAAGCUUCGAGAGAAGGAACGCAAGAAAGAGGCUAAGCGGAAGAUCUCUAGCCUGUCCUUCACUCUGGAGGAAGAAGAAGAGGGAGGCGAGGAGGAGGAAGAGGUGGCCAUGUAUGAGGAGGAGCUGGAAAGGGAAGAGAUCACCACAAAGAAGAGGAAAUUGGGGAAGAACCCAGAUGUGGACACAAGCUUUUUGCCUGACCGAGACCGUGAGGAGGAGGAGAAUCGGCUCCGGGAAGAGCUACGGCAGGAGUGGGAGGCCAAGCAGGAGAAGAUCAAGAGUGAGGAGAUUGAAAUCACCUUUAGUUACUGGGAUGGCUCUGGGCACCGUCGGACUGUCAAGAUGAAAAAGGGCAACACAAUGCAGCAGUUCCUGCAGAAGGCGCUAGAGAUCCUUCGUAAAGACUUCAGUGAGCUCAGGUCAGCAGGGGUAGAGCAGCUCAUGUACAUCAAGGAGGACUUAAUCAUCCCCCAUCAUCACAGCUUCUACGACUUCAUCGUCACCAAAGCGCGAGGAAAGAGUGGGCCACUCUUUAAUUUUGAUGUUCAUGAUGAUGUACGGCUGCUCAGUGACGCCACAGUGGAGAAGGAUGAGUCGCACGCAGGCAAGGUGGUGCUGAGGAGCUGGUAUGAGAAGAACAAGCACAUCUUCCCUGCCAGCCGCUGGGAACCCUAUGAUCCUGAGAAGAAGUGGGACAAGUACACGAUCCGCUGAGCACCCAGGACACAGUGUGGCCUUGGCUCUUCAGCUCUCCUGGUGCAGCCCAUACUGUCUCUGGGACCCCAGGGCCCCGCUCCCCUCUGCCCAGGUUGGGUGCACUGGGAGGAUAGGAGCUGCUCAUAGCCUGCUGCAGCACUGUCAUUGCCCUCUUUCUUGUAUAAUAAAGAAAUGCACGUGUCAGAGCUA